UUCAUUUUGGAUAUUAAUUUGCGCGAGAAUAGAUCGGAUUGCGUCGCAAUGGGUGAAGAGUGUAAAGUUUUUGAAUUAUUUCCGUGGAUCACUUCGAGUUUCGUUCAAAAUCUCAUCGAAAAAUCGGAACAAAGUAAACAUGCAAUUUUAAAAUCGUUCACUGCGAAGAAAUGUUUUAAUGACGGUGAAAAUUUUUCAAGUUACAUGAUUGGCUUGAAAGCAAUAUUCGAGAGUGAACUUCAUGGUGAAAAGUCAUGUGAUUUCUUAUUGAAAAUUGCCAUCCAAACUGAAGAUUAUGCAAAAAUCUGCGCAGAAUCUCUCCUUUAUGAAAGAGAAAUUGAAGCAUACACCAAAGUUUUGCCAGCGGUUGAAAAGUUGUUGGAAUCAGUUGGAGAAUUUGGUCAAAUUGCACCGCGGUGUUAUACUGCAGACAUCGAGCGAAAAAUGAUUGCAUUUGAAGACUUGAGAAAUCAACAAUUCAAAGGUGUAAACAGCGUUGAUGGAUUGAAUAUGGAUCAUAUGAAAUUGGCAUUGUUAACUUUGGCCAAAUGGCAUGCGGGAACAGCUUCCCUACUCAUUGAAAACAUUGAACUAUUUGAAUGGUACACAAAACGAAAUGUAUAUAAAAACUCUCCAAGUAUCCAGAGCUUCUUUCGAAACAUCGCUCAAACUGUAUCAAACGAAAUAAAACAUUGGCCCGGCUAUGAGAAUAUUUCGGAAAAAUUGGGAAAUAUUCCACAAGAGGCUUUUGAUAAUAUACACAAAUCAUAUGAACCUCAGGAUGAUGGCUUCAAUGUUAUCACUCACGGGGAUAUGUUUAUGAAUAACUUACUUUACCGCCACGAUCAAAAUGGAAAACCGAUUGACAUUCGAUUUGUCGACUUUGCAAUCGGAAAGCAUGUGAGUCCAUCGAUUGAUUUGGUUUGUUUGUUGUACGGUUCUUCGGAUUCAUCAAUUAAGCAGGAUGAUCGCGAACAUCUCAUUCAAUAUUACCAUUCAGAGCUGGUGAAAUAUUUGAAACUCUUAAAAUUUUCCAAAAUCCCCACGCUAUUCGACAUUCAAUCGGCAUGUUUUCGAAUAGAUUUUUACAAUGCACUUAUUAUUUUAUUUAUCGUUGGAUUACGACACAUUAAUAAAUUUCACGAUGGCGGCUUUAUAGAUGUCUUAAAUAAUAAUAAUAAUGAUAACAGCUCAGGUCUUUACACAAAUCCAGCCUGUAUUGGACAACUAAAAAAUCUUCUAGAUAUAUUUGAUAGGAGAGGAUAUUUUGAUUUCUAAAUAUUUACACUGUAAACGAAUAUUCUUCAAAAUAAAGAGAAUGGAACACACAUUUAUUGAAACAAA